AUGUCUAUUACUCGAGCCGCCCCAGGGCCCAGAGUGGGCCAUGAUUACAUUGUGGAUUACAUCGGCCCUGUGCCAGGCAGAGCUGGACGGACGACGCGACAGGGGCAUCGAACCCAUUUUAGCCCAUCGGUUAGACCAGCAUUCUCGAAUUUCCUCAGUCAGGAUCGUACCAAUGUGUACCGAUGUGGCAGACUCUCAUCAGCACCAACGAUGAGAUUGACAGGGUCGCAAGGGAACCAACCAGCCUUGCACAGGGAAGGGAUUCAGCCGCUACCGAUUGGCUGCGAAAAAAAGUCCAAUCAUACAAACUCCGUCAAUAAUCUCCGCAAAGAGCAAAGGAGAAUCAUCGCCCAAGUCCAAUGCUCUUUUGACAAACAAAAACUUGUGUUGAAGACCCCAACCAAUAAUCCAUGCAUAAUGCACCCUCGCAGGUCAUAA